AUGGGUAUUCUUGGAGCCAUUGCAAGACAUUUGGAUGCUCUCAUUGGACCUGGAGCGAUGCUUCUAUAUCCUUUGUAUGCAUCAUUGAGAGCAAUUGAGAGUCCUUCGACACUGGAUGAUCAGCAGUGGUUAACAUAUUGGAUUUUAUACUCACUGACAACCCUGUUUGAGCUUUCUUGUUGGAAAGUCCUUCAAUGGUUCCCAAUCUGGCCAUACGUCAAGCUGACAUUCUGUAUGUGGCUAGUGUUGCCAGUUUUCAAUGGAGCUGCUUACGUUUAUGAGAAUUUUGUGAGGAAAUAUGUCAAAGUUGGAAGUUAUGUGAACCCAAAUUAUCCUGAAGGUCAGAGAAGGGUACUUCAGAUGAUGAGCCUGGACGCCAGGAAAUCAGUCGAAAAAUACAUCGAGAAUUAUGGUCCCGAAGCCUUCGACCGAAUUAUCAAAGCGGCUGAGAAAGAGGCAAAGAAACACUGA